UCUAUAGCAGCGUCUGGCCUAUCACAACAACAACAACUGAAAAACAAAAUGGCUUCCAGUGGAAUUUUGCGUAUUUUAACGAGGAUAAACACAAAUUUAAGAUUAUGUGAAAGGUCAACAGUUUCGAGAUUAUCAGGAGUAUGUCAGUCAUGUAGAAAGCUGUCUUCAAGCAUUAGAGAACACCAAACAAGGGACAGACAUAGACAACUUCUCUCUGGAGUCAAACUAACUCACUUACAAAAUGUGAGAAACAUGUUUAUCCAAACACAAGACACACCAAAUCCAAAUUGCUUGAAGUUUAUACCUGGGGUGACAGUAUUAGAAUCUGGUACAAAAGAUUUCCCUAAUGGUCAGUCAGCGUAUUGUUCUCCACUUGCAAAACAGUUGUUUCGGAUACAGGGAGUGAAGGCCGUCUUCUUUGGACAGGAUUUUAUUACUAUUACUAAGGUAGAUGAUGAUAUGGACUGGUCUGUGAUAAAGCCUGAUGUGUUUGGUACAGUGAUGGAUUUCUUUGCUACAGGACUACCUGUACUCAAUGAGGAUGCCGAGCCCUCACCAGACACAUUGGCAUGUGAUGAAGAUGAUGAGACUGUAGCCAUGAUAAAAGAACUGCUGGACACAAGGAUCAGGCCUACAGUACAAGAGGAUGGGGGUGAUAUUAUAUUUAUGGGUUAUGAGGAUGGUGUAGUUAAACUAAAGAUGCAAGGUUCCUGUACUGGCUGUCCUAGUUCCACAGUUACACUGAAAAAUGGUGUUCAGAAUAUGCUACAGUUCUAUAUACCAGAAGUCACAGAGGUCCUCCAGGUUGAAGAUGAAGCAGAUGAGGUCAGCAACAGUGAAUUUGAAAAGCUUGAAAAACAGUUGGGAGAAAAAUCAACUGAAAAUACAUAAGCAACAGAUUAAUGUUGAUGAUGAGGAUGAGGAACAAGAAGAGGCAGGGGCUACAUAGAGAGAACUUUAAAUUGGUUGAGAAAGUAGUAAUUUAUGAAUAAAAUCUUAACUGGUGCAUUAAAAAUAAAUGUUUGUAUCUAUGAAAUUUUUAUUUUGGAACAGAUAUGCAUUGCUAAAUGACAUGAUUUUUUUUUGGUAAUUGUGUAAGAAAAAUUCACUGUUUGAUUCACUAGAUCCAUAGUUUAUGAAUUGAUUCCCACUUAUGAAUUAUGUAUCAUUAUAAACGUAUACAGAAAGAGUUGUAGGAACUUAACAAAUUCCGAUAACAUCAUGAGUAAUUUUCAUUUAAGAAUUUAUUUUACUUGUAAACUUUCACACCGUGAAUAGAGAUGUUUUUUUACAUAUUUUUUACAUUGAUGUUGCUUGUUAUGACCAUUACACUUAGAUACUAUCAAAGUUUUUUUUCAGAACCCUCCACUAAACAGAAUUAAAGUUGUACUUAAAAAUGAAUGAGUUAUUUGUGUUGUUAUUAUUAUUAUCUAUUUAUUAGAUUGGCUUAAUACCGGAUAUAAAUUCAUUUUUGAUGGGAGUGAGAACUGCAAGAAAUAUGUAAAGAAUAUAUAUAUAAAAAAUCCUCAUACCUUAAAAUGCUUUAGAAAGACAGUGAUAUUUUCAUGUGUUUAAACAGUAAAUGGGGUGAUCUUGGGUUGAAUAACAAUAAAGCCAUAGUACUAGUUGGUAUUAAUUAUGUAUGAUUGUAUAUUUUUAAGAGUUAUUGCAAUUUUACAUAGGAUGCAUCUGUAAAAUAUAUGUAGAGCUUAAGGUAGUUCUGCACGUUUGAUAAACCGGAAGUGAUGGCGUAACGUAGAAUAAAGCCUGGAUUCGGCGUAAAGAAAUGGAAAUCAUUUUAUGAAUUAAUGACAACCUGUGAGUAAAUUAAUUAAAAUGACACUGUUACUAUAUUUCUAAAGCCAAAUUAUGACAUUAAAACAUACGGCACGUUAAAUAAUUCAAAUAAUGUCUCAAAAUUAGCGUGGAAUAUUCGGUGCACUUUAAUCAUGGUCAAAUAUCUCAAAAAUAAACACACGGACCUAUACAUUUUAUUUCACCAUAUUAUAGGCCAUAUGAUUAUUCACAACUGUGAGAAGUUUCAUCAAAAUCUACAUAGUAGAAAAAUUUCUAUUUGCGAAUAUGUUAUGAAAGUUAUCAUUUUCCCAUAGACUUCCAUUAUGAAAAAUUGCAUGAGGUCCAAAUUUUUCAAAACAGUCUAGCAAAUAAUCAAGCACACGACCCUGUCCUUUUUAUUAGCUCACCUGUCACAAAGUGACAAGGUGAGCUUUUGUGAUCGCGCGGUGUCCGUCAUCCGUCCGUGCGUCCGUCCGUAAACUUUUGCUUGUGACCACUCUAGAGGUCACAUUUUUCAUGGGAUCUUUAUGAAAGUUGGUCAGAAUGUUCAUCUUGAUGAUAUCUAGGUCAAGUUCGAAAACUGGGUCACGUGCCCUCAAAAACUAGGUCAGUAGGUCUUAAAAUAGAAAAACCUUGUGACCUCUCUAGAGGCCAUAUAUUUCACAAGAUCUUCAUGAAACUUGGUCAGAAUAUUCACUUUGAUGAUAUCUAGGUCAAGUUCGAAACUGGGUCACGUGCCUUCAAAAACUAGGUCAGUAGUUCUAAAAAUAGAAAAACCUUGUGACCUCUCUAGAGGCCAUAUAUUUCAAAAGAUCUUCAUGAAAAUUGGUCAGAAUGUUCACCUCGAUAAUAUCUAGGUCAAGUUCGAAACUGGGUCACGUGCCAUCAAAAACUAGGUCAGUAGAUCAAAUAAUAGGAAAACCUUGUGACCUCUCUAGAGGCCAUAUUUUUCAUUGGAUCUGUAUGGAAUUUGGUCUGAAUGUUCAUCUUGAUGAUAUCUAGGUCCAGUUCGAAACUGGGUCAUGUGCGGUCAAAAACUAGGUCAGUAGGUCUAAAAAUAGAAAAACCUUGUGACCUCUCUAGAGGCCAUAUAUUUCAUGAGAUCUUCAUGAAAAUUGAUCAGAAUGUUCACCUUGAUGAUAUCUAGGUCAAGUUUGAAAGUGGGUCACGUGCGAUCAAAAACUAGGUCAGUAGGUCAAAUAAUAGCAAAACCUUGUGACCUCUCUAGAGGCCAUAUUUUUCAUGGGAUCUGUAUGAAAAUUGGUCUGAAUGUUCAUCUUGAUGAUAUCUAGGCCAAAUUUGAAAGUGGGUCACGUGCGAUCAAAAACUAGGUCAGUAGGUCAAAUAAUAGAAAAACCUUGUGACCUCUCUAAAGGCCAUAUUUUUCAUGGGAUCUGUAUGAAAAUUGGUCUGAAUGUUCAUCUUGAUGAUAUCUAGGUCAAGUUCGAAACAGGGUCAUGUGCGGUCAAAAACUAGGUCAUUAGUUCUAAAAACAGAAAAACCUUGUGACCUCUCUAGAGACCAUACUUGUGAAUGGAUCUCCAUAAAAAUUGGUCAGAAUGUUCACCUUGAUGAUAUCUAGGUCAAGUUUGAAACUGGGUCACGUGCCAUUAAAAACUAGGUCAGUAGGUCAAAUAAUAAAAAAACCUUGUGACCUCUCUAGAGGCCAUACUUUACAUAGGAUCUGUAUGAAAGUUGGUCUGAAUGUUCAUCUUGAUGAUAUCUAGGUCAAGUUUGAAACUGGGUCAACUGCGGUCAAAAACUAGGUCAGUAGGUCUUAAAUUAUUAAAAUCUUUUGACAUCUCUAGAGACCAUAUUUUUCAAUGGAUCUUCAUGAAAAUUGAUCAGAAUUUUUAUCUUGAUAAUAUCUAGGUCAAGUUGAAAACUGGGUCACAUGAGCUCAAAAACUAGGUCACUAUGUCAAAUAAUAGAAAAAACGACAUCAUACUCAAAACUGGGUCAUGUGGAAAGAGGUGAGCGAUUCAGGACCAUCAUGGUCCUCUUGUUUGCUGAAUUUUCUAGGUAUAUUCUGAAGUUCUGAAAAAUGGGAGUUUAAUCAAAUUCUACAUUCUAGAAAAAAUUUCGAUCCAAACGUGCAGAACUACCUUAAAUUAAUAUUUUUCAAGACUGAAUUUUAUGUAAAAAAAAUUGUCAGACUUACAUUAAUUACAAUUUAAUUGUUAUGCCUUGUAGAUGGUAUUUACUGUUUACUUUUGUUGUAAUAUAUGCUGUUUAUAUGGAACUUAGUUAUUUCAAGUCAUAAUGCAGUUCUUUUGGAAUGGAGAAGAGCUUUUCUUUUUCAUCUUCUUGCCUUAUUUGAAAUAAAUCCUCAGUUGAAGUGAUGGUCCUCCGUGGCUGAAUGGUUUCAUGUGAGGGAGCCAUCCAGUUGGCCUAUGGAAGGCUGGUGGUUCUACCCGUGUGCCUGCCUGUGUUUGAAGUAAAUCUUUGAAGGUCUCCUGGUGUGUGUCUUACUCAGCCUUUAAACGCUGAAAAGUCAGCAAAAUCUUGGCCAUGAAAAUGAUCACAUUGAAAUGUGUUGUUGUUUGUUAUUUUGCUAGUAAAACCAAUAAAAUUUAUAAAGCCAAUAGAAUAUGA